AUAACGCUGCUGCUCUUCACGGAUUUCGGCUUUGGUGGUUUUAUUUAUUUAUUUAUUUAUUUAUUUAUUUGAAAUCUCUCCCUCCGUGGAUGGAAGCGGCGCGCCACGCGCUGAACGAAGCUGGAUUUUCACCAGACUCUCUCCACCCUUCACUUGUUUGCGUAAAUCACCUCAUCAGAGCUCUGAGAUCUAUUUAAUUAUUUGCAACAAUGUUUCCCUAAAUGCGCGUGAGAGGUUAACGCCGACAAGCCGCGUGCGUUAGUCGUCCAGCAGGAGAGGGGGAAAGAGGGGAAAGUUGUGCGCGCAAACUUUUGGAGACGGUCGGGAUGGCGAUGGUGGCGUGGAGAAACUCCGAGGGGCUGGUGGGGGACACCCAGGGGACACUGGCCUCCCCGGUGUCCCAGGUGGCACCUCUGUCUCUGUCCGGAGAGCUGGCGGGACACAUGAACCCGGCGCCCUCUCUGGAAAUACCCCUGACAGGAGGAGGAGGAGGAGGAGGAGGAGCGGCACCGCAGCCCAAUCCGUCCGGCUCCUCGGCCACGACCACCUCCAACAACAACAACAGCACCUCCUCUUCCUCCUCAUCCUCCUCGUCCUCGUCCAUGGACAAACAGCAAGGCCAGCAAAUCGAGUGCAUCGUGUGCGGGGACAAAUCCAGCGGGAAGCACUACGGACAGUUCACGUGCGAGGGAUGUAAGAGUUUCUUCAAGCGCAGCGUCAGGAGGAACCUGUCCUACACCUGCCGGGCCAACCGGACCUGUCCCGUGGACCAGCACCACCGCAACCAGUGCCAGUACUGCCGCCUGAAGAAAUGCCUCAAAGUCGGCAUGAGGAGGGAAGCGGUGCAGAGGGGCCGCAUGGCCCCGCAGUCCUACCACGGACAGUUCGCCCUGACCAGCGGAGACCCGCUGCAGUGUCACUCCUACCUGUCCGGGUACAUCUCCCUGCUGCUGCGGGCCGAGCCCUACCCGACCUCCCGCUUCGGCUCUCAGUGCCUGCAGAGCAACAACAUCAUGGGCAUCGAGAACAUCUGCGAGCUGGCGGCCCGGAUGCUCUUCAGCGCCGUGGAGUGGGCCCGGAACAUCCCGUUCUUCCCGGACCUGCAGGUCCCGGACCAGGUGGCCCUGCUGCGCCUCACCUGGAGCGAACUGUUCGUCCUGAACGCGGCCCAGUGCUCCAUGCCGGUGCACGUGGCCCCGCUGCUGGCCGCCGCGGGACUGCACGCGUCUCCGAUGUCCGCGGACCGCGUGGUGGCCUUCAUGGACCACAUCCGGGUCUUCCAGGAGCAGGUGGAGAAGCUGAAGGUGCUGCAGGUGGACUCUGCGGAGUACAGCUGCAUCAAGGCCAUUGUGCUCUUCACCACAGACGCCUGCGGUCUGUCGGACGUGGCCCAUGUGGAAAGCCUCCAGGAGAAGUCCCAGUGCGCUUUGGAGGAGUACGUCAGGAGUCAGUACCCCAACCAGCUCAACAGGUUCGGGAAGCUGCUGCUUCGCCUGCCUUCUCUCCGCACCGUCUCCUCGUCCGUCAUAGAGCAGCUAUUCUUCGUGCGUCUGGUGGGUAAAACGCCCAUCGAGACUCUGAUACGGGACAUGCUGCUGUCGGGGAGCAGCUUCAGCUGGCCUUACAUGUCCAUUCAGUAAACCAAGCCCCAGCGCUGAGUUACCCAACAGGUCCCACAUCUUGACUCAAAGCUUCUUCUUUUUUUAUCCUUAAUCUGAUCGAGGCAUGUUCAGACACUGGAAUGAGAUUAUUAAAAGAUUUUUUUUAAGUCCUGUAAUUCUACUUUCUUGAUAUCAGUGGAGUGAUCUGCCUCCUCCAAGAAAGUUCAGAAACCGAUGACCCUGAGCCUGCAGAGGUAAACAAAACAUUUUAUCAAAUAAACAACAAUUUUUCUUUCAUGGUGAUGACCUCACAGUCUAUGGACAGUUUAUGGGGUUUGAAAUAAACAGUAUUUAUUGGACCUGUGUGUAUAUUUAUCGUGUUUGUAAUUUAUGUUUUUUACAGUUUUACGUAUUUUUCCACCCUUCUUGAUGAGAAAACUGCAGGGAGCCUCUUGUGUUGAUCUGUUUUCUUUUGUUCUGUUUCUGUGUUCUUGUUGUUUUCAUAUGUUCCACCCCACAAAAAACGGCACUUUGGACUAAAUAAACCUUUCUGAAUUAUUUACCACGAGCUGUCUGAAACAAGGAACACCGUCUGACGAGCAGAGGAAGGUUCAGUAUCAACGCCUACUCGGAGAUGUUUUCAUUUCUGAUUAUAAUGUUUCUUCUCAACAAACAACAAAAUGACAGAGUUAAAAAAAAUGACCUCUCUGCUGAAAUGUUUAAUGGAACACCUUUGAACCAUUAAAACAGUUUUCCUUCA